GGCAUGGGGAUUUUCCGACCUGUUCCCCCAGGUUGUCCCACGUAGCUUCUGCGUGGAAAGGUUACUAUGUCUACAGACGAUCCGCGAGUCUUGUCAGCUUUUUUGAAAGUUCCUCCCCCACAGGCAGUUCAGUGAAAUUCCUCCACUGUUACAUUGUAAACAGAAGAAAUACAGCUUUAUCAAAUUGUGACAAAGAUACACUUUUGGUGUUGUCUACGACUGUCUUUACUGCCUUCACAUGACUAUGCUUCAUCUACUAAUUAAAGAGGCGGUUGCUAAGAGAUAACAAGCAGUGACAUCGCUGCUGAGAACCUCUGAUGUGCUGCAGCCUGAACCUGCAUCUCUACUCUGGGUCUCUUCUCUUAACCCCCAUCUAGACCUGAGUGCACCUGACCCAUGUGAAGGAGUAGGGGGAGAGAGAGAGAAAGCGGAGUCACACCACAUACCACACGCCAUGGCAGCUUUCACCAGUACCCCGAAAGUGAAUUCCGGGAGUGCUCCUCACCACGGGUUCAGGGUGGAGAGCCCAGCGGAGUGUGACUGGAAGGACUGUGACACUGGAGGCAGCGAGAGGUCUAGAGGACACCGCACCAUGCUGGAGAAGACCCAUGACUUCUUCCAGACCUGUGACAUUGAGGACAAGGGCUUCAUCACCCGCCGGGACAUGCAGAGGCUCCAUGGAGAGCUGCCCCUCAGUGCCGAGGAGCUGGAGAACGUCUUUGACACCCUGGACUCUGACGGCAAUGGAUACCUCACCCUGGAGGAAUUCUCCUUGGGCUUUAGUGAGUUCCUGUUUGGCCGGAGGAUCUCUGCAACAGAGGGGAUGGCCAGCCCCAUUGCCAAGGAACCCACUCAGGGCCCUCCAGACUCCCUGUACCAGACCCAGUGGGAGGAACGGUUGGUGGGCAGUGAGGACGAGGAGGAAAAGCACUUCUGCAUGCUAAUGGAGAGCUUGGGAGCCAGCAACGUCUUUGAGGACCCUGGUGAGGUGCGUAGUCUUUGGGCCCAGCUGAGGAAGGACGAGCCGCACCUCCUGUCCAACUUUGAGGAGUUCCUGGCCAGAGUAAUUUUACAGAUCACAGGGGCCAACCAGGAGAGGAUGGAGAUGGAGAGCGCCCUUAAAAGAAAAUCAGCAACACAUGACGAUGAGAUCCAUCGCUUAUAUGAAGAAAUGGAACAGCAAAUCGAAAAGGAGAAGGACAGGAUCUUACUGCAGGACUCUGAGCACUUCUUGUCUAGGAGUCAGGAUCUGGAGCAUCAGCUGUCCAGUAAGGAAAGGGAGCUGGAUCAGAUCUUCCAGAAACAAAGGAGGUGGGAGCAUCAGUGCCGGGAGCUGCACAGCGAGCAACACGUGACCAAGGUAGAGAACGUGGCACUGAAGCAGACCAAUGAGGAGCUGGCCCAGGAGCUGGAGCACACCAGUCAGGAGCUGAGCCUGGCCCAGGAGCAGCUGGUCCUCCUGCAGGAGCAGUCCUCACACCUGAACCAGGAGAGGGAGAUGGAGAUGUACCGGGUCACAGAGGGAUUGCAGAGGGAGCGAGCGAGCCUGCUGAAACAACUUGACCUGCUGAGGGAAAUGAACAAGCACUUACGAGAUGAGCGAGACAUGUGCUCUUAUCAAAAACUGAGGAAUACUGUUAAAAAUCCUGCUUGCAACCUGAGACCUGGAUCAAAUACUCUGAAUCCCUUUGACAGAAAGGCCUUUAGUGAGGAUGAGGAGGUAGUGCUCCCCCAAUCUAAGAGGAAGAGUCCAGGUGGAGUGAAUGGCUACAGCCUGGAGGACGUGGUGGAUUCCAGACCCCUCCACAGACCCCUCCAGAGGAUCAUCUCCAUAGAGGAGGACCACCUACCCCAGCUCCUACAGGAUAACUACCAGACUCAGCUCUGGGAGUGGCAUGAGGAGGCCGAGGACGAAGAGCACAUAGAGCUACAGAUGACCUCUAUAAAUCCUCCCAGUUCUCCUCCAAUGAUGGGGCAGCAGCAGCCAGUUGACACCAGAGAGACAGAGAUGCCUACAUCCCCCAGGGGCCAGCCUGUCGGAAAGGAGACUAUGGGGAAUGAGGAGGGUGCAGCGUUGGCCCCAGACCGCCUGUUUAAGAUCGUCCUGGUGGGCAACUCCAGUGUGGGGAAGACCUCUCUCCUCAGGCGGUUCUGUGAUGACUGCUUUUACCCAGGCACCUCUGCCACCGUCGGCAUAGACUACAGUGUGAAGACGAUACGGGUGGACAACAGCCAGGUGGUGCUGCAGAUGUGGGAUACAGCAGGACAGGAGAGGUAUCGCAGCAUCACCAAGCAGUUCUUCCGCAAGGCUGACGGUGUGGUAGUCAUAUAUGACAUUACUGCUGAGCAGAGUUUUUCCGCGGUGAGGCAGUGGCUGACCAGUGUACAGGAGGGGGCUGGCGAGGACAUUCCCAUCAUGCUGCUGGGGAACAAAAUGGACAAGGGGAGUGAGCGGAAGGUUCAGACGAGAAUGGGUGAAAAAUUAGCCAAGGACUGCCAGUUGAUUUUCUAUGAGUGCAGUGCUUGCUCUGGACAAAACGUGGUAGACUCAAUGGUAAAUUUGGCAAGAAUUCUGAAAGAGCAGGAGGACAGAGAGAAAGAGAAGACGAUCCAUCUGGUAAACAGCCCUUCACAGAAUAAGAGGUCCUGCUGCUAGCAACUUAAUGGCUAUUAGUUACUGUCUUCACAACACCAUAGUGUACUCACGUGUACCUGUUCAGAUGUUCUGUACAUUUUAACCUCCGGUCCUUAGGAACUCAAGGAUCUAUAGCACAAUGGAGUUGAAGUCGGAAGUUUACAUACACCGUAGCCAAAUACAUUUAAACUCAGUUUUUCACAAUCCCUGACAUUUAAUCCAAGUAAAAAUUCCCUGUCUUAGGUCAGUUAGGAUCACCACUUUAU